CUAAAAAAAAUACAAUGAAUUAAAAAUAAAAUUAAAUCGGCUGGAUUAUGUGAUGAUUGUCUUCCGUUAUCGUAUUAUUAUCAAAAACUUAAUUUAGAUAGAUUUGAAAUCAAACAAAAUCGAAAUACAAUUGCAUCGAUUGUCGCCGGAUCAUUGUUUACUAUUGGUUGGUGGUUAAUUAUUGAUGUUUGUAUACGUUAUCCAUCAAAUGACCAAUUUCAUAAGGCACUUCUUACUAUUGGAAUAAUUGCAUCGCUUGCUUUGAUCUUUGUCAACUCUAUAUCAAAUUCACGCUUUCAUGGUGAUUAUUAUCGCGAUGGAUGUAUUGGUUUAACACUAGCACGAGUUAUACUUUUUCUCUCAUUUUUAUUCGUAUUCGGCAGUGUAAUUGCUGGUGCAUGGCUUAUGAUAGCGUUAUAUAUGAUUCCAAAUGCCAAGGAUAUAUAUCCAGGUGUAGCACUUUUUAUUCAAACUUUACUUAUUUUUGCCAGUACACUUAUACUGAAAUUUGGUCGAACGGAAGAUGAUUAA